AUGAGCAGCACCACCGCCGACCCCUACCCGGAGAGCGGCGGCUCCUGCCACCCUCCCACCCCUCCUGCUUCCCCUCCCCCUCAUCCAGCGCCGGCGGUGGCCCUCCGCGGCGCUCCGGUGAGGCGGCAGCUGGACUUCGCGGACGCGGACGCCGACGCCGGCGCAGGCGCCGGUGGCGACCAGGACGACUACGACGACUUCAUUCUCAGCGCUGUGGAUGACAUUGAGCGGGGCUAUAACGAGGCCAAGCGACGCGCCCCGCCGUGCGUCUGCAGGCGCGGCGAUUGCGCGGUGCAGCGGGACAACAAACGCGGCCGGUGGAUGUACGUCUGCUCAUCGCAACCGAAGUGCAAACAUGUUGCCAUGUGUGAGGAAGUUGACCAGAAUCCACAAUCACCGCCUGCUGUUAGGAGUGAUCCUAAACCAAGCAAUCCUUGUGUGUUCAGCAUUCCAAGGAUUCCUGUGGCUGAUGCUAGAACACGAAUUAAUAAUGUUAAUCCCCAAGGUGCUGGUGCUACAACUCCAGUUAAUGUCAGUCCCCAGGCUGCUGUUGCUAGAACUCCAUUUAAUGACACAAAAAGUGUUGGCGCUACGACUCCAGUUCAUGUUAGUCCACAAGGUGCAGGCGCGACGACUCCAGUUCAUGUCAGUCCCCAGGCUGCUGUUGCUACAACUCCAUUUAAGUACACUUCGAAAGGUGUUGGCGCUAUGACUCCAGUUCAUGUUAGUCCACAAGGUGCAGGCGCUACGACUCCAGUUAAUGUCAGUCCUCAGGCUGCUGUUGCUACAACUCCAUUUAAUUACACUUUGAAAGGUGUUGGCGCUACGACUCCAGUUCAUGUUAGUCCACAAGGUGCAGGCGCUAUGACUCCAGUUCAUGUUAGUCCACAAGGUGCAGGCACUACAGCAGCAGUUAAAGCAAGUCCCCGAUGGCAUAGAUCUAAUGAUGGACAGCUAAUCUGCCAAUGUACAGCAGGGAAGUGCAAAAGAUUGAGAGUGGGCAACGAAGACUGCUAUGUUUGUCCUAUACCCAAGGGACAAGGUGCAUGCAGUUUCAAGGUGCCAGUAACAGAUGUUGUUAAAGGACCACCACAGGUUGGGGACUACAAUACAAUGGAAGCCCAUGGGAACACUGCAGUUGGAGUCGGAGACAACAAUGGUAAUGAAUCAGCCAAUCCUGCUCAACCUAAUGACGAUGAGUGGCCAAUCCCAUUUGACGUCAUCAACAAUGAAAUCGUGCUCACAGGUCAGGCAGCGCCCCGUGCUGUAGUCCAGCAGAAUUCACCAGGCACGCCGUGCCAGCCGACUGCCAUGGCGAAAACACCCGCGACAUCGCCCAUGACGCCUUUUGGUAGCCGCAGCCCCAUGACCGGGCGCCCCUGCUACGGAUGCGUAACUGGUGUUAACGUGCCAGAACGCUGGUUCUGCACGGUUGGUGUUGUGUUGGAACUACUGAAUGGAGUGUUUUCUGGAGCAUAUGGGUUUGCAGCUCAGCUCUUGGGCAAGCAAAAGGUUUUCCCAUCUGUCGUAAACCUGUCCUUGUGGCAUUGCAACCCUGAAUUUCUGACGGAUGGAUUGCAGCGAUUUUCACAGAAAUUGCCCAAAGCCCUGAUCCGGUCACUCAGUGCCAGUGGGUCGUUGAGUGAGGGACGGUCAGACGACGGGCAUGUGCGCGGUCAGGGACUCUUCCUCCCUGUUGGCUCGGACUUGACCGUACCCGACCGACUCGGAUGGUCGUCGUCGUCGCCGAGGUCAGUCUGGUUCAGCCAAUGGAGCUGA